ACUAUCCCGCGUCAUCGUCCGGAAGUGACGUAAGUGUCAACAUUGGAGGGAGUUACCAGUCCAGAAUGGACGACUUCCCCAAGUGUUCUGUCUGUCAGCAGCAGUUUACCCUGAACGGCCCCGACCCCUACCUGCUGCCCUGUCUACACGCUGUGUGUGAGACGUGUGUGACAUCUGCAGCUGGUGGUGUGAUAUCAUGCUCUACAUGUCAGAAGGAGGUCAACCUCACAGACACAACCCUCCAGAAGGAUGCAGUGAGACAGAAGAAAAUAUUCCAUCUGACGGUCAAACAUCGCCCCACAGAGCUCCUCUGUACAAAUGAAGAUGACGGCAACCAGGCUGUGUGUUGGUGUCUGGACUGUGAAGAGGUCUUCUGUGAAAACUGCCAGAAUAUGCACAGCAGCGUUAAACUUACCAGAAGCCAUGUAGUCCAAAACUUCUGUGACAUGGAGCCAACUGCCUCGAACAUUCCAAAAUUUUGCAGUAUCCAUAAAUACGACCCCCUGUAUCUGUUUGAUAAAAGCUGCAAGAUAUUAAUCUGUGCGAGAUGCAGAUUUGAAGACCAUGCUGACCACGAAGUUGAGAAGGUUGAUGUGGCUGCUGAAACUGUAACAGAACAACUGGGAUACCAUAAGAAUGAGCUAUCCACCUUACAGACUCGCCAUCAGGCAUACAUGCAGAGCAUCAGGCAAGGAACCGAAAUCACUGACGAAACACACAAUUCUUGAAUGAAAAUAUUCGUCACAUUUUCCAGUCUUUGAGAUCACAACUUGAUCAAAGAGAGAAGGAAAUUCUCGUCGAUCUGGAAAAUCAUGCGAAGGAGACAAAGGCAACACAGCAUGCUCUUCUCAAGGCCUGUGAAGAAGACAAGAAGACCUGUACAAGGGUGUUAGACUACAUCAAUAAUGUCUUCCUCUUUGCCUCAAAGUCAGACAUCCUCAGCCUUGAGAGAUAUGUUGGGGAGAUGACUCAGACCUGCCUGGACACUGACGCGCCUGAAACAUAUGCAGUACCCACAGCUGUCUUCAAUACCAACAGUUUGUCAAAGCUGAAAGCGAAUGUAUCAGGAUUUGGUGCCAUUUUGACGAUGGAUAUGGGGCGAAAAUCGGAAAUAAUUGCUGACAGGGGUACUCAGACUGAUGAUGACUUUAUGGCAGACGUGGAAAUGAAACACAAAAUGGACAUGGAAGAACUAAAGACGAAAAUCGACUCAGACGAAAAGCACAUUGAAAGCCUUACAAAGCUUACAGACAAGCUCAAUUCAGAAAUCGAAAGCUUGAAAUCACGCAUUGAUGAGAAAGAAGCCUUUGAGAAGAAGGAUGCCAAAACAAUAGAUCUCUUGCUUGGUGUAGCCACAGAAUGUGGUGUUCAUCUGCUGAAGCCAGGGGCUGUAGAUAGAUCUUUGAUGCUGAAGUGUAUACCUUUAAAGUAUGACAAAGACAGAGUCAAUCUCGACUACGUCCACAUCAACACAGAAGGUGACCUGGUCAACAGGAAGUCAGACAUCAGACCUGCAGGAGAGGGGAGACUGAAGAAGUACUGGGGCACAUGCAGCACUGCCCCCUCUUCAUGGAUGGGUGUCCUCGGUACUGGGAGGUAGAGAACAGGGUCAGUGUGAACAAACCACUCCCAGAGAACUGGCUCAUCCUGGAGGUUGGAGUAUGUAGAGAGGAGCAGAGGGACGUGAGUCAUUGUACAGAUGGAUGUCCUUACUCCUACAGUAUGACCGUCAACCGCUGUACUACACACGGCGGGAUAUGCAGGAGGAUAUGGAAGGAGGGGAAGUGUGUGCUGCAUCCGCCUGACACUCUCCCCAACACAGCAGGGGUAUCACACACACUACAUUACGGCGUUGUCCAUGAUGCCGCCAGGAAGAAGAUUGUCUUCAUUGAUGUGAAGGAGAAGAAAGUCAUGUCAACGUUAGACAAUGUAGACUGUAGUAAACCACUGUGGCCGAUGUUCGGGGUGUAUAACCCAGAGUGGAUCACUGUCAGCAUGAGACUUGUAGUUGGCAGCGACAUCAACAUGACGGAGGAGAAGAAAACAAUGAUUGUCAAGUCGCUGUCGUGAUGCUGACAGUCAUGGUGAUUUGAACCCACAAGCAUUCGAAUUAAGGAACACUUCAAAACUUGAUAUCUUGAAAAAGGAAGUUUACAAUGAUCACGUACAUAGCAUUGCCAUGUGUCCACACACAACUCUGUCAAAGUGUACUAUCAACACAACACUAAGCCAGUAGUAGCUUACGAUCUACUGCACUAAUAAGGAAUAGCGUCCAGCACGCAUACUUAUGAAAUGAUACAUGCAGGAAUAUGUGUGCUUGGUGAGCAUAAAUUAAAACAUUUAAAAAAAACACUAGAACAUGUGUUCUUGUUACAAUUCCAUAUUUCAAUCAGACAUUUCGCUACAAUAAAGUGAGGCAAGCACAUAUUCAGAAGGUUAUUAUAUUUUCGAGUUUUGCAGUUGAAAGUAUGAGAAAGUACAACACACCUGUUCUAAACAUACAGAAUGACGAAGUGCCAAAACUGCAGCAUUGUUUUGGAAGUACGAGUGAGCCCACGUGCACAUAGAUGUUUUUUCCCCGUCAGCCACUACUUGCUAGAAAAUUCGUGAACAUAUUUUACGUAUACUGCAGUGACUUAAGUAUCGGAUUGCUGGUACAGGUUUUCGAUGACUUCACUAUAGAAGUUGCGCGUUAAAGCCACCUCAUGGUGUACCUGCUACACUUACUGAGUCGAACCCAAACGGGACGCGAGAUGCGUUUAAUCACUGCGCUACCCAACCGCCCGUUUGCAGCCAAAAGUAACGGACAGCUUCCUUGAAAUGUUUUACAACAGUUUGUCUUAUGAAACAUAUAGGAAGCCGCUGUACAAGAUCUAUUUGUUUAUAUCUCAAGAGUAUUGUGUUGUGGGGUGAUAACCUGCUAAUUACACAGUGGAAGCCCUCUUUAACUGAGGCCGUGCCGGUGUAGAGAACUUUUCCCUUCCAUCCGCUUCACUGCUCAGGCCAUCUUGACACGGUGAGCGACUGACAAAUUGUGACACGACAAUUAAUUUAUAAUACAAGUGACACGUGUCACUCACCAAUUUACCUCACCUACCUAGGCGUAAUCCUUAUCAAUACUUCAUUUAUAAGGCAACGCCAAUGAGCUUAAUGCCGAUGGUAAUCCAUUGUGUUGUUAAUACACGUUCAGGCAAUCAACAGGAGAGCCGAGAUACCGGAUGUCGGUUUAGAGUACAAUUGGGCGGUCUUUCUUGUGCCGACAUACGGAAUAGACUGACGCCAGAUUAGUAAAUGAUCAUAAAUUAACUAGUUUCUGCCGGGAAGAUAUACUAGUGCCGAUAUUGAGAACAUACCGGAAUGGAGGGCUGCCGGUUUUGAAGGCUUCCACUGUAUUAUAUUUGUAACGUUGACAGUUUCUUUAUAUUCCUCAAAGCAAUAAGUUGGACUCCUUUGGAAAUGAAGGUAGCAAUAACUCAGAAGCUGUGUGGGAUCUGUUGACUAAGUGUUAAACCUAUACGUAUUAUGCAACAACUGGACUUUUAUCUGUGUGGUAAUAUUGCUUAUAUAUAUUCAUUUCCAGACAGUUUUUCAUCAACUAUUUUGUGUAUCUCUGAGGCUUUCAAUAAAAUCAAACCACUUUUGA